AUGUCCCAGCCCCUCCCCAACGCCACGGGUGCGUCAGACGCCAACGGCGGCGGCAAGAUUGAGCCCACGGCAUACACCGACCCCGCGGCCGACGCCGUCCUGCGUUCGGCUUGUGGCCGCGACUUCCGCGUACAGAGCUACAUGCUCAAGGCCAACUCCACCAAGCUCCGCGAAGCGCUCUCGGCGUCGCCUUCGACGCCCGUCGAAGUCGCGGCCGAACGCAAGACGCUCAAGCUCGCCCUCGACUUGAUGCACCUCGUGCCCCUCCCUGCCUCGUACGUGUGGCACCAGCACGAGCGCCUGUUCGCCCUGUGCGACGAGCUCGGAUGCGACUCGGUCAUUGAGCGCGCCCUCGCCCUGUGCAUCGAGUGCGCGUCCCGCGACCCGUGGGGCAUGUUCGUCGCCGCCAGCCAGCGCUCCAACACGGCUCUCGCCAAGGCCGCCCUCAUGGCCCUCGCGUACGAGGACCCCACGGCCACGGUCGACUUUGGCUCGUCCGGUGCGCCCGACGGCGGCGACGCCUUCCCCCGCCGCCGCAACGGCUUCCCGCCCACCAUCAACGGCCACCACCACGCCCACUCGCCCGCGCCCACGCCCGCGCCCGCCCGCCGCGUGCCCAAGUCGGCCAAGGCCGUCGCCCCGCCCCCGCUCGCGGGCCUCAACCCGGCCAACUCGGGCAACAUCACCCUCCCCUUCAUGCUGGGCCUGUUCAACGCCGCCCUCGACGCCGCGAGCGACGGCUACGCCGUCACCUGGUCGGCCCUUGCCAACCGCUUCGAGCCCGUGUUUGAAGACGACGCCGCCGCCGGCAAGGUCGCGUCCAUCCCGCUCGGCCCCGCCGUCGAGAGCUUUGUUACCCCGUCCAAGAAGGCCGCAAAGCUCAAGGCCGCCCACGGCUCUGGCGGGCACCACUCGCACGCCGCGUCGCUCGCCUAA